AUGACGGGAGGUUUAGGCAUUCGUAAGGCAAGGUUAAUGAACAUCGCUCUCAUGGCGAAGAACAGCUGGAAACUUCUCACCAGACAAGAAAAUUUAUGGUGCAAAGUGAUAGAGGGUAAGUAUCUAAAACAUAAAGGAUUCUUGGAAGCAGAUAAAAGAGGGAAUUGUUCGUCCACUUGGAGAGGCAUGUUAGGAACUCGCAAGUUAAUAAAACAAGGGCGUAAAUGGCAGAUUAAAUCAGGUGUACAAGCUAAGUUCUGGCAGGACUGGUGGGUGGGCAAGGAACCACUUAAAAAUUUGUAUCCUCUAAUGGAUAACCCGAGUAGUAACGAAGAGGUGGCUAGUUACAUAGAUGAUGUCAGAUGUUGGAACUUUCAAGGAGUUCAGCACAUUAUCUCUGAAGAUACAAGAAUGGAAAUCCAAAGAGUUUUGUUACCGCAUUUAAAUGAUCCACUCGAACAAUAUAUAAACACGUGGGGCUUCUCCAAGGAUGGGCAGUUCACGGUUUCUUCAGCCUACCAAACCAUGUCUACAAUGGUAAUGGGUGGUCAUUAUGGAGAAAAUCUUACGUGGGUAUGGAAAACUAGAACUAGUGAAAGAAUUAGAUUCUUUAUUUGGUUGUCCUAUCUUGACAAGCUUAAUAUAAAUGAAGUUAGAUGCAGGAAGAACAUGUCUCAGGAUGUGAAUUGCAAAGUUUGUAGAGAUGAUACAGAGUCAAUUGAUCAUAUAUUCCGGACGUGUCGAGUAGCUAAUUUCGUUUGGGAAGAACUUAAAGCGAAGGAGCAAGACUGUCAGUUUAGUUCGAUGGAAUUCAAGAGUUGGUUGAAAAGGAAUUGCCUUUCAAAGAAGGUCGGGUUGGAUGGAUUAGAAUGGGGUCCUUUGUUCAUGGCUACUAUUUGGGGCCUGUGGAAAAGCAGGAAUGAAAGGAUUUUUAAAGUGAUGAGCGUUGAUCAUUUUAAAAUUAUACAUUCUACAAAACAGUUUGCAAGGAAUUUAGAGAAGGUCCUGUCUAACCCGUAUAGCAUAGUGGUUAAUGAUCCUUGUUGGAUUAAAUGGAAAAAACCUCCUGAGGGAGGUUGGAUUCUUAACACUGAUGGGGUGUAUAAGUUGGAUUCAGGCCUGGCUACGGCAAGUGGCUUAAUCCGUGACAGUAAGGGUGACUGGAAAGCGGGCUUCAUGUUGAGACUAGGGAGGGUUACUAGUUCGAUCGCGGAAAUUUGGGGGGCUCGACAGGGUCUCAUUUUGGCUAAAAGUCUUGGUUUACAGAAUUUGAUCCUAGAGAUGGAUGCAAAAUGGAUUGUGGACUUCUUCAAUGGAGAUAGGACGGACGAUUUUUCAGAUUCUGAUCUGAUAAACGACUGCUUAGAUAUGAUAAAGGAAGGAUGGGUUUCUGAAAACUCGUCCAAGAAUGUAGAGGAAAACAGAAAAGGCAGCAAUAAAUCCAGCACCGAAGAGGUUCCCAUUGUAUCCGAUUUCGAUAGCCACGAGGAAGCGCUAUUCAUCAUGGAUGGUGAUCCCAUGAAAUCUUCGGUAUCGCUCGAGCCGGCAGAAUCAAGGACGGGCAACAGAGAUUCAAAUCACGAAACCAGUUUUAGGCAACCUAAUUACGAGUUCUGGGGUGAUAGGAAUGAGAGGAUGGACGGUGGUAACGAUAACUUCGAUUACAAGCAACGAUGGCCAGCGGGCGAACAAUCGUGGAAGAUGAUGAAUGAUCAUCUCAUGAACAAAAGCACCAACAGCAACGAGAUUGCAUUAGAGAUGGGGAUAGAGAUAGAUGAUCUUAGACAUGACCCGUCCGCUAUAUCUCGAGACUCUAGAAGAGUUUCUUUCGAAACAGGCGCUGCCAGUUUCCAUAACCAAUCGCAAGGACAGGACGGAAACGGAAUAAAUGAUAAGACCGACAAUGCGUCGAGACGUGUAUCGAACGUCUCAGCUCCUUACGGAAAGUCGGGUCUGUUAUCAAGGCUGAGGAGUACCAAGUCGAGGCUUAUAGACAGGUCACCGGAAGAGGUACAAUUGAUGUCCGGUUUGUUAGGAACUUCAGGUCAGAUGAAGUCUGGAAUGUUAGGAAAAGCUUCGGAAAAUGAAGAAGACGAUGACCCUUUCGCAGAUGAAGAUUUGCCCGAUGAGUUCAAGAGAACCACUCUUAAUGCAUUCACUUGGAUUCAAUAUUUGAGUCUUGUUGCUAUUAUCGGUGCUUUGCUUUGCAGCUUAGUCAUCCCUUCAUUGAAAGAUCUGGACCUGUGGCAACUUAAGCUAUGGAAAUGGCUAGUUUUCUUGCUGGUUUUGAUAUGCGGCCGAUUGGUUUCAGGUUGGGGAAUCCGAAUAAUCGUCUUCUUCAUCGAGAUGAACUUCUUUUUAAGGAAAAGGAUGUUGUAUUUCGUUUAUGGUGUAAAGAGACCGGUGCAGAAUUGCUUAUGGUUAGCCCUGGUGCUUUUGGCUUGGCAUUUAUUGUUUGACAAGCAAGUUGAGAAGGAAAGCCUAUUUCUUCAAUACGUUACCAAAAUCCUCGUAUGUUUCUUGGUGAGCACGUUCUUGUGGUUACUCAAGACACUACUAGUAAAAGUACUGGCCUCAUCUUUUCAUGUUAGUACUUAUUUCGAUAGGAUUCAAGAAACGUUGUUCACCCAAUACGUGAUAGCGACACUCUCCGGUUCUCCGGUAAUCGAAACCCGAAGGAUGGAAGAAGAAGAUGAGAGAACUGCAGCAGAGAUCAGAAGGUUGCAGACUGCCGGUGCAACCGUGCCCUCAGAUCUUCGUGAAGAUGCCUUUCUACAACAACAGAGGAGUAGUGGGAUGUUGAAAAAAACAUUCACCAGGUUGAAAACACUUCCUAAAUCGGGUUCACUGAAGAAAGCCGAUGGCGGGAUCGCAUUAGAACAUGUCCACAAACUCAAUCAAGAGAACAUUUCGGCUUGGAACAUGAAGAGGUUGAUGAAGAUGGUCCGGCACGGGACACUGACGACAUUAGAUGAGCAAAUAAUGGAGGAUGACUCGGUGAAACAGAUCAGAAGUGAAAAAGAAGCAACAGCGGCUGCCAAGAAGAUUUUCCAUAAUGUGGCUCGCCGUGGCUCGAAAUUCAUCUACUUGGAGGAUUUGAUGCGGUUCAUGCGAGAAGACGAAGCUUUGAGAACAAUGGCUACCUUUGAAGGCGCUUAUGAACAGAGUAGAAUCAGCAAGAAAUCCUUGAAGAAUUGGGUGUUGAAUGCCUAUAGAGAGCGAAAAGCUCUUGCCUUGACCCUGAACGACACAAAGACGGCAGUGAACAAGCUUCACAAGAUCAUAAACGUCGUCGCCGGAACCAUCAUCGUCAUAAUCUGGCUCGUCGUUCUUGAAAUCGCUUCGUCACGGAUAAUCACACUUUUCAGCUCCCAGUUGGUCCUAGCGGCCUUCAUCUUCGGGAACACCUGCAAAACGAUCUUCGAAUCCAUAAUCUUCUUGUUCAUCAUUCACCCUUUCGAUGUCGGGGAUCGGUGCGAGAUCAAUGGAGUGCAGCUGGUGGUGGAGGAGAUGAACAUUUUGACCACCAUUUUCUUGAGAUACGACAACAUGAAGAUGGUGUUUCCCAACAGUGUUCUUUCAACGACGCCGAUUGGAAACUUUUAUCGCAGUCCGGAUAUGCUUGAUUUAAUCGACUUCACCAUCCAUAUUGCUACACCAGUCGAAAAGAUUGCCAUCGUGAAGCAAAGAAUAACAAAUUACGUAAUCAACCGAAAAGACCAUUGGUGUUCUGAUCCGAUGAUUGUGGUCAAAGAACUCGACGAAUUGAACAGGAUGAAGUUUUCGCUUUGGGUAACUCACAAAAUGAACUACCAGGACAUCGGAGAGAGGCUGGAAAGGAGAUCCCGACUUGCAGAGGAAAUAGCCAGCAUCUUCAGAGAACAUGACAUUCAAUACCGAUUGUUCCCCAUCGACAUCAAUGUCUGCUCCUUGCCUACCUCCUCUCGUUAUCCUUCCACGUGGCCUACGGCAGAAAAUUCUGAGCAAAAAGCUUCCGAUUAAUUGUUGUAUAAAUAA